UGCUCUUGAUUUAUUUCAUUUUCGACCUCGGUUUGGCUUCUUUGAUUCCGUCUAGUUAUAAUUGAUUACUUAGCUAAAAUAAUUUUAACCAAGAUAAAAGUGAGAAUGAUAUUAAAAGUGUAAAAUAGAAGUGAAUAGUGGGAACUAAAAAUGAACAUUGCGGGCUAAAUAUUUGUAAAAUUGAAUGAUUGUUAGAGUGAUACGAGUAUUAAAUAAAGUGAGAACGUAGUGGAGACGGAGGCUCCAAAAGCGUACGCAAUGCUGGUGAAGUGGAAGUGAUCACAUGAAAAAUUGCUGAGCCAAGCAGCAGCUAAAACAACAACAGCAGCAGCAGCAUAAUUUGGUCGUCAAUUUCAAUUGCAGCAGCAGUAAAUGCAACUGUAAUCAUAAUCACAACAAAAGUAACAAUAUCACCAAAAGCCAAAAGUUUGAUCAUAUAUCAUUAUCUACAUUUCAUGAAAUCAAUGCUAACAUAAGAAUAUAUACGGCAGUUACAAAAUAUUAACUGUUCUGCCUUUUACAGUUUCUAGCGACAUUUGAAGUCAGCAAAUAUUCCUGUUUAAAAAUUUAACCACACAUGUAAAGUGGAUAUUUAGGCGUAUACAACUAUACCUUUUUUAUAUUGGCGAAAUGGUAUCGACGCGUCAAAUGGCCACAAAUUGUGGCAGCGGCUUACUCAAUCAAAAUUGUGCCACUUCAGAUUCCGCCCGACUCAACACAAUGUCCACACAAACUCAACGUGGUAUGAUUGCAGCACCAUCAAUGCCUACACGUCAAUGUGGUCAUCAUCAGAGCAUUCAACAAAAUCAACAACAGCAGUUGGUUAAGGAGAAUGACACAACCGCCACCGCUGCCGCAAAUGAGAAUACAGUCACAGUGCAGUUACUUGAUAUGCCCGUCGAAGUUUUAUCCAAAAUAUUUGCCUAUGUCGGCUAUCGAAAAGUUGGACAAAUGAGAGUAAUUUCUAGCAGAAUGAACGAYGUUUGUAUGGACAUAUUGAAUUCGACAUUUUCACGUCUUAUUACGCAAACAUAUAAUCGUUUUCAUGCCAUCAAAGCGAAUAUGCCGCGUCGUGAAUCUGCUCGUCGCAAUCAUCCGUUAGCAUGCGAAUGUGAUAUAAUUGAAACAUGUUAUAUGCGUUUGUCGUUGUUACAAAUGACUUUUGGUAAACAUAUCGAACGUGGCCACUGCUGUUUCUUUCCAGGAGCCAUUUUAGACGAAGUAUACAAUAUUUUAACUUACAUAAGGAAUACACCACGCCUUGAGCGUCCUUAUCGGGUUACCGAUGAACUUUUUGAUCUCUCUACAAUGGCCAUGGAAUACUUUAGGGAUCGUAUUGAACAAACGUUGCCCGAUAUUGCUUACUUUAAUAAGGACUUUUUUAAAUUGCCCACCACCACAAAAAGACCUGCUUUGGUUGCAUCUGUUGAUCAUGCGGAUAGCGCCUCAACGUCACCACCACAAAGCAACAUGGUAUUGCGUAAAGGUAUACGUAAAAUCAAGCAAGGUAUGAAAAUAUACAAUAACCAGUUGUCGGUAUUGCGAAAUGAGCUGCGUAAUUGUAAACGAAAAUCAUCGGAGCAGGGCAAACAAAUUGCCGAACAGCAAAAAUUGUUGGCCGAACAGCAGAAACAAACAUUGGAGUACGCCAAUCGCUUGGACGAGAAUGAUAAGAAAAACGAAGAGAYAGCACGUAAAUUUUCCACUUUGUUGCAGGAACUCAAUAAGUGUAAAACCGAAYUACAAUAUUGGCGCUCCAAAAGUCCGGCCAUACCGAUUUGUACUUCAUGUGGGCAAAAGUUGGCACCGUCACUACCGCCGCCCGAAGAUUUUCAAGCAUUGGUCAAUCAAGGUGUUAAACCGGAGGACAUCAUACUCAACUUAAGKGACACUGACACUGACAUUGGGAAGCUUGUAUCGAACAGUGGCAGUGGCGCAUUGACAGCAAUAACAACACAAUCGUCACAAGCUGGAUCUGUUUUUGCAUUUCCGGAUAAAGAUACUACCGCAAAACUAUUGGCUGUUAGCAGCACGGUGAACAAGAAUCAACUUAAGCGUCAACAUUUUAGUGCCAGUUCAACGUCCGCCAACUUGCCCACUGCAAGUAAUGAUGGUCAUAGCGCAUUCAAUAUUUAUGCCAGUGGUAGCAGCAGCAGCAGCAAUAAUGGCAACAACACUAAUUGUUGCAGCUGUCACUUAAAUCCASCUGCUGGCACGUAUUCAAAUGCAACAACAAGAAAUGAAAAUUUUAAAGAAUUUAGCAAUGSUAUCGAUGCCGAUGAUUGCCGUAUGAGCGCCGUUGCGCAGUCGCUGCCAAGCGAAAUGACAAAUCGUUUGAAUUACGUGCGUGGUAGCAAUAUAAUACGUACGACUGCAACUGCUGCAAACAAUAGUAACAACAAUUGGUAUGGCUUGCAACAAAAUAAUCCGACCACAACAAUAUCUAAAACAAUUGGAGGAAAUGCURUAAGCGCUGAACAGACUGGUGAGCCGGCCGCAACURUUUCGUUUGGCGGCAAGGACACCGCUAGCAGCAUUAAAUUGCCGCAAACAGUGGGCGGACGCUCUCACAGGAGCGUUAUCGUUAGUCCGGCCAUGCUGUCGGCCACCAAGGGCGGCARCUGCAAUGGUGCGUCCCAUAUGAGCAUGCCAUUGUCAGCCAAAGGAGACAGUGACAUAUAUGUUGAUAAYAGCAGCGAUGCAACGCCAUCACUGUCUGUGUCCAAAGAUGGUGGCAGUGGUGGUGUUGGUGUUGGUGGUAUUGGUGGUGUUGGUGAUGGUGAGGACCUGUCGGUGGAGYAUGUUGUUAGCUUGCAGGCGAUCACCUCACACGAUACAAAAAAAGCACGUAGAGUACAAAAAGCCACGAGAUGUUUAAAUGGUAGUGGCAAACGCAGUAAAUAAUAAUCAUAUAAUCUAUAAUAUUUUAAAUGUAACACUUUUACUGUAGUGUUUUCCUUUUACUAUUCGAAUACAUAAAAAAUAAGAGUGAUGGUAGAAAGAAAAACCAGCAAUAGAAAAGUGAAACAUUAGAAAAGCGUACGAGUAUGCUACGGAAACAACAACACAAAAAAAAAACAACAAAAACAUAUUAUAAUUGUAAGGAAUGGCAGUAACGGCAAUAGUGCGCAGUUGGCUUUGUGGUUUUCUAUUUAAACAAUUUAAACAAACUGUAACACAAACACACACAUACAUACAUGUAUUUGCAUAUAAUUUAAUGCAKUUAUAUACAUACAUAUGUAUUCAGUUGGAAAUGAUAAAUUCUAACUUCGUAGGCAACGUGAUAAUUAUUWUUUUUUUUUWAUAUUAAUUUUCCAUCGUAAAUUUUUACUGAAAAUUAUUAUUUUUUAAACACAGUAAUAAAGUCUUCAAAAAUGUCUCAAAGUCCUUACUAGUUGGCACUUUCACACAUACACACACACUCACGUGUAAACAUAUUUUGCAAGUUACACAUAUUAAUAAAUAUAAUUAUUAUUAUAUAACACACACAAAAUGUUGGCAACGUUUGAAAGUAACAAAAGUUGGGGGGCAAAUGCAAAGCGCUAACGUUUCAAAUGUUAAAAGGCAUAUGGCAUUGUAUGUAGACUCUUAAUAACUAUGUGUUUAAAAUCAAACUAUACAUAUACCCGAAAUACAAUAAACAUAAAUAUUUGAAUCGGUUAAAAACAAUAGCCAACAAAAAGAGAACAACCAACAUUACUAAUUGUAUGUUGUUCGCUAAUUUUUCUCAUUAAUAAUAUUUAGUGGAAAACAAACKCCAACGAAUUCAUAUUUUUGAUUUUAUUUUGCAUAAGGCAAACUCAAAAAUAAAGCAACAAACAAAAAAAAAAAAA